CAACCUUUGGGUCCAAAGGUGGUAGCUAUAACCACUAUGCUACCAGCUGUCCCUACUUCCCACUUCAUUGUGAGGAGGAAUGGCCCGCGUGAGCGAACGUGCUGUAUUUUUGCUUUGUUUUUGUUGAUUCACUCACUUUGGUCAGAUGUACUUGGAUAAAAACUUGAUCGAUCCCAAAGGAAUCUGUACAAGGCUACAGCAGCACACAUACUGCAGAGCAGUGAGAGACACAAGGGAAUAACACAGGAAUAAAUAAAUGACAGUGGUUCCAAAUGAGUGAAAAGUAGUAUUAAGAGCUCAGUACUUCCUUAAGGGCCAUAAGAGGUUGGUUCCGAUUUAAGUUUUGUCUCCUGCGGUUACCUAGGUAUAAAAUUAGGUAUUUUAAAGUGUGAUCGCAUAUCCCUAUCAUAUUUUUAAAAUAUAUUUUGCUAAGAGAGAGAUUCUUGUGGCUUCUCUCACUGUGCUCUCCUUAAGUCUCCAUAAGUUCAUCUUCUCGAGUUCUUGCCUUUUUGUGGAACUGCCCCUGCAUUUGGUAUUACUGCUGUGUUCAUAUGUCCUGUACUGGUGUUCUUCCCCUUGACGUCCUGCUGGAUCUAGUGAACGUCCAGUUUGGCGCAGAGGCCAGUGGAGUAAAACUGCAGCUCCGUGAACAUGCUGUCACAGAGCGCACUGGUGUACAUGUGCCGCGCUAAGUCUACUCCCUAUGGCUCCCAGUGCAAAGGCCGAAAGACCCCGCGGCGGAAGCGGUGUGGGGGCCCCUCGCAAGCAGAAAGAGCUUCCAACGGAGCCGCCAUACACGGCCUACGUGGGCAACCUGCCUUUCAACACAGUGCAGGGCGACAUCGACGUCAUCUUCAAAGACCUCAACGUCAGAAGCGUCCGGCUCGUUCGGGACAAAGAAACAGACAAGUUCAAAGGUUUCUGUUAUGUAGAAUUUGAUGACCUGGAGUCCCUGAAAGAAGCCUUGAUGUAUGACGGUGCUCUCCUGGGAGAUCGGUCGCUGCGAGUAGACAUUGCAGAGGGCCGUCGGCAAGAGAAGGGCGGAGGGUUCGGGUUCCGGAAGGAUGACAGAGGAGGCUGUGGUGGCUCACGUGGUCCCAGAGGAGGGGGACGCGAUUCCGGAGAUGACUUCGACUAUUCAGGAGGGUUCAGAGAUGACGACUUCAUGGGUGGGAGGAGUCGAGGGGGACGUCCUGGGGACAGAAGGGGACCCGGAGGGAGCUCGGGAGGCAUGGGCCGCUACAGAGACGGACCUCGUGGGGGUCCCACAGACUUCAGAGAACCUUCUGAAGAAGAGAGAGCACAGAGACCGAGGCUACAGCUGAAGCCGCGCACGGUUGACGCCCCCUUGAACCAGGUGGCUAACCCGAACUCUGCCAUCUUUGGUGGUGCUAAGCCGCGGGAGGAGGUCAUCCUCAAAGCCAAGGACUAAGGGGCGGUGGGGGGGGCAACGGGGGGGCAUGCCUGUAGAGACCCAGCCGCUGAGGGGGAGUAUCAUCUGUCGCCACCGUUACUGUUCCUUCCUGCUAGACAAGCUGCGACCCUCCUCUGUGUGCACCCUUGUCAAACAAACCAUGUACUCAGCUGCACACGCAUGCACACACACACACACACACACACACACACACACACACACAGAGAGCGUGUGUGAAGCAAGCAGCCGCGAGUGCAUGUCAGCGGUUAACAGCAAUUGUUUAUGUUGAUACCUGUGUUUAGUGCCUGCUUUGUACACGUUGCAUUGUAGGUGGACUGUAGAGCUGUAGGGCACUGGGGCCUCUUCCCCCCAUUUCUGUAAGUGUGUGUGUGUCUCUCUCACAGAGAGAGAGCUGAAGAGCAGUGUGUGAUGUGUAGUACUUCCCCCACCCCAGCUUACAGGUGAGGGCAGCGUAAAGGGCACUUGGGUGAUGGGUACGAGGGGUAAGGGCUCUGCGACAAUCUCGAGAUGCGCAGUUUGUGUGACUGGUGCUCAUGUUUCCUGAUUUGGCUGAAACUCUGUGCAUUUUUGGGGUUUUUUUCCACUUUAAUCAUGCAAAACUGGUCUCCAACCCACCUGGUUUACUGUCUAACUCAUUCCCAGCUCUUUAUCACCUUUCUUCUGUUUUUUUGUUAGGCUUUUUGUUCUGUGAACAACGGCUGAGCAGUGGUGUGUGUGUGUGUGUGUGUGUGUGUGUGUGUGUGUGUGUGUGUGUGUGUGUGUGUGU